GCUGCAACUGCAACUAUCACCCUCUAUCCCCUCUAUUUAUGUUUUUUCUUUCCUUCUUCCUAUCCCCUUCUCUCUAAGUCCUCUUAUCGUCUCUUAAACUAAUUUGAAUGUUUCAGAAGGUUGUUGUUAUUGUUGCAACUAUUCUUCCUCUCUUUCCAUCUCUAACUCUCUCCCUCUCUCUCCGCGCUUCUCUUUUUAUGCAUUUUUUUUUAAGAAGUUAAAUUAGUCCACUCAAAUUAUCACCAGAGAGAAUCAAAUCUAAAAUUUUAAGGAGGAACACAUUCUCAGGUCCCAAACCAAUACUACCAGAUGUAAAUUUUUUUUAUGCAAAUUAAAUUUUAGUUAAUUAGCCUUUUGAUUAAUCAAUUCCUUCAUUGUAAAAAAAAAAAAAAAAUCAAUUAUCCUUCGGUAACGUGUAUCAUGAUAAUUAUUCACAUUUAGAAAAUUUUGGAACAUAUUUUACGAAUUUUGCAAUUUAAGAGUAGAUUUUAACAUUCCACAUGAGAUGUGAAUGAAAGUUUUCCAAAUAUUCGAAGUCGUUGAGAUUUGGAUCUAUUGAAGCAAAAGGAACAUCAUCACUGAAACUCUGAUUAUUCCCACAAUGAAGCUUCAUCCAUUGAACCAACUAACCCACUCUCAAAAAUCAGCUUUUCUCGGCGUUUUCAUCACACUCUUUCCGUUUUUCUUUCCCAAUCUCUUCCAACCUCUCGGUCGUGCUUCUCCUUCUAUGUUCUCCGAAUGGAUUGCUCCUAAACCUAGACACGUAACAUUGCUAGAGGAUGCUCUGCAACGCCAAACUUCUGUUGAAGUACAAACUAAUCUCUGGUCUCCACUAGCUUUCCAAGGAUGGAAACCUUGUACCAUGCCUCUAAAAUCACCAUCGCUGCCUGAAAAAUCUCGGGGUUAUAUCCAAGUUUUCCUUGAUGGAGGAUUGAAUCAGCAGAAGAUGGGGAUAUGUGACGCUGUUGCCGUUGCUAAAAUUCUGAAUGUAACCUUGGUGAUCCCGCAUUUUGAAGUGAAUCCUGUUUGGCAAGAUUCAAGUUCAUUUGAAGAUAUAUUUGACGUGGAUCACUUCAUUGAUGUUCUUCGUGAUGAAGUAUCUAUAGUGAAAGAGCUUCCUGGUGAGUACUCUUGGAGCACAAGAGAGUACUAUGCCACAGGCAUAAGAGCAACUAGAAUUAAAACAGCACCAGUUCAUGCUACUGCUGACUGGUAUAUAGAAAAUGUAUUGCCAAUACUUCAGAGUUAUGGUGUUGCUGCCAUUGCACCGUUCUCUCAUCGCUUGACAUUCAACGGCUUACCAUCACACAUCCAGCGUCUCCGUUGUAAGGUCAACUUUGAAGCACUGACCUUUGUUCCACAUGUCAAGGAAUUAGGAAAUAUCAUUGUUCAGCGCCUUCGCUACAAUGCUACUAUCAACCAGGCAGAAGAGAGAGACUAUUUGCUUGAGGAAACUGAUAAGCUUGGAAAACAGCAAAGCGGGAAGUUUGUUGUGUUGCAUCUGCGUUUUGAUAAAGAUAUGGCUGCCCAUUCAGCCUGUGAUUUUGGUGGGGGUAAAGCCGAGAAACUUGCUCUAGCUAAAUACCGCCAGGUGCUUUGGCAGGGAAGAGUAUUGAAUUCCCAAUUCACCGAUGAAGAGUUGAGAACUCAGGGGCGUUGCCCACUGACUCCAGAAGAGAUUGGAUUGCUCCUAACUGCUUUGGGGUUCAACAACAGAACACGGCUUUAUCUUGCUUCCCACAAGGUUUAUGGUGGAAAAGCUAGGUUGGAAACUUUAAGCGAGUUAUUUCCUUUUAUGGAAGAUAAGAAGAGUCUAGUCUCUGAAGAGAAACUGGCCAUGGUUAAAGGAAAGGCAUCACUGUUAGCUGCAGUUGAUUAUUAUGUGAGCAUGCACAGUGACAUCUUCAUUUCUGCUUCUCCAGGCAAUAUGCACAAUGCACUGGUGGCACACCGUGCUUAUAUGAAUCUGAAGACUAUCAGACCAAACAUGGCACUUUUGGGCCAGCUAUUUCAUAAUAAGAGCAUAGGGUGGUCAGAAUUUCAGGGUGCAGUUCUUGAUGGGCAUAAGAACCGACAAGGGCAGAUAAAAUUAAGAAAGGAGAAGCAAUCAAUAUAUACAUAUCCUGCCCCUGAUUGCAUGUGCAGAGCUUGAUUGAAACAAGUUUUGGCAGAUGUAAAUUGAUCUUUAGCUUCACUGCACUUAUGGGGCUUCUAUAGUUUCGUAUCGUGAUGUAAGAUAGCCAGAGAGUGGGAGAGUGUUCCUCUUUGACAGAGCUCUCCUUAGAAACAAACCAAGUUCUAAAAACAACUUGAUGUAACAAAAAUCGUCAUUGUUAACUAUCCUAUAAUAUUGAGUAUUUCUAUUCACAGUGGAGUUAAAUUUUUCUCCCCCAAA